GAAAGAAAGAAAAAAUGUAUUGGGCAAGGAAAUCUUGAUAGGCGCAGGCCAUGACACCUGGGGCAAUUUAUCUUACAUGCACGCUUCCCACACUCGUCUUCGCACAUCGCGUUCAAGUUUUCAAGACCUUCCGGAAACUGCGAUCGGGGCGGCCUCUCGAUUAGAAAGUAAAUAGCAGCUCGAGAGGGGCGUUUUCUCACUGGGAAAGACGUACGCAGUACGAUUGGCCAGGCAAAUAAGCGAGUGCGCGCAGACCGGCUAAACGCUCCGAGCUUUGCCCAUAUAUCGGCUUUUCCUUUUUCUUCCUCGUCCGUUACGCAGACUCGAGAGCGCUGUGUGUGCCCGCUACAGCCUUUCAGGUCAGAUUCCUCUUCACGGCGCUGCGUCGUGUGCGUGUACGGGCCAAAGUCGGCCGGAGGAACCCCAAUUCUUUGGCUCCAGAGCGUAUCGUGCGGUCCGCCGCUGUCCAGCAUCGUUUCUUUCUGUCUUCUUUUUUUUUUCUUUUUCGUUCUUCCGGGCAAGAGAAGCAGCAAACCGGUUCCAGCGAUGUACCCCUCCAACCGAAACCAAGAACCAGCGCUGGAGCGUACGCCGAGAGAAGCGCGUCUGCCGAAGCGAGCAGCGGCCGCGGGAAGGAGGUGACAGCAGCGGCAGAAGGGUUCCCACCGUAGCAGCAGACGACGGCACAUUGGUCGCGGCCAUCCGAAAGCGUUUGUUUGCGCUGCCACUCACAUUUCUUCGCUCUUUUUCCUCGCUUUUGUUCGCCUUGAAAAGGAGUCUGGCGCGUGCCGUAUAAGUUUAUCUAGGGGGACCUUUCCCAUCCCGUCCUUGGAGAAGACCAUGUCCCCUCACGUGUACAGCAGGAGUCGCGAGAACUUCGCGCUGUACCUGUUCGCCGGCGUUCCGCUCACGCUGUUCGUGAUGUGCCUGAUACUGCGCCGUCAGCGAAAGGAAGCCCAGCGGCGCUUCUUCGCCUGGAUCUACGCGAAGUACUACGCCGAUCACAACGCAGCUAUCCUGGCUCCUUUCAAGAGAGAAUUGUUCGCCGACAUGGCACAAAUCGUGUCCGACGACCCGAUCCUGCAGGCGCGCGGCGCCAUCCGCAUCGUGGAGAUCGGCGUCGGCACGGGAACCAACUUGGCCUACUACCCGCAGGGCAGCAGGGUGAUCUCGGUGGAACCGAAUCGGUACUUCGAGAACAUCUUCAGAGAGAAUCGCUGCGCGUUUCCCAACGUGGAAAUCGAGCGGUUCGUGCUGGGCUGCGCCGAGGACAUGUCUUCGAUAGCGUCUGACAGCGUGGAUUGCGUCGUGUCGACGCUGGUGCUUUGCUCCGUCGAGGACAUGGCAGCGGUGAUACGCGAAAUCAAGAGGAUUCUUGUGAGGGGUGGCUGCUUCUACUAUGUGGAGCACAUAGGCUACAAAGAAGGCAGCUGGUCACGCCGGCUGCAGCAGCUUGCACAACCUCUGUGGUCGCUGGUCAGUGACGGCUGCCAGCUGACACGUGACGUGCCGCAGUAUGUUGAGUUUCUUGGCUUCCGGGAGAUGUAUGAGAAGAUCCACUACCCACAGGAGAUGCCCUUCCUGGUGCGGCCAACACUCGUUGGCAAGGCCAUCAAGUAGAUGACAUAUCGCAUUACUGCACUAUUCAGGGAGUGGCCUACAUCUGCCACGUCAGGUCACAAGGAUUUUUUUACAGCGUGUUGCCCCUGCUGGCAGCAAGGUUCUACUGUUGUUCAAUGCAUCAGUGAACAGUGACUGAGAAGUUGUGUGUGCACUGUGAUGUCUGUCUCAGUCUUUCCUACCUCAAUUUAUUUUCCCCAUAAAUUCUGUAAAUUGAAUGCAACGUCAGAUUGCACUCUGUUGACAAGACUGCUCCACUGAAGAAAUAAUUAGGUGAAAAGUGGUGGCAGUGGUGGAGUGAAGUGGGUGCGCAAACAAAGCUUAUAUCCUCCCUCAAGAUCUAAAUGGUUGUUUUCCUUUUCUGUUACCUUCCCUCCCAAAACGGGCACACACCAUAUCUGGAACACACCACAAAAAGUUCUGGACACACUACUGAGUGGUGCUCUACUCUUCACUGCUUGAAUGCAAUGUGCUUCCAGCCACUGGCUAUUUGAGAGUAUGUGACGCUGGUAGAGAACCAGCAGGCAGGUCAAGUGGUCACUGGUCUACUAGUGUACACCAUAAAGUGUAGCUGAAGAGGUUGCAUGUGAAAGGGUUGAACUCUGCUUCCUACAUUACUACAGGGCUGAAUGUACACUGCAGCAGUUUGUUCAACUGUGGUUGCUGCAUCAGCACUAAGUUCUAGAAACUAAGACAGUCUCACUAAGGACUAUUGGCAAAUACUACAUUAGGCACAACUUUACAGUGGUGUUGCUCAAGUUUGCAGAAACAUAUUAGUUACAGUUCAGUGGGUGAAAACAUAAUACAGAUAAUGGUGAUUGCACACAAAGUGGCAUGCAUUCUUUUGUUGGGAUGAUUGGAGAGCCCUUGGAACAUGUGCAGUGUCUAUUCUGAAGUAGUUUGUCAUUGUCUAUAUGCACAAACGCACAUAGGUCAUGACUAACAAAGACAAAUGCAGUGUUUUCUCAUCUUACAGUUAUUUCCCCAUUAUUUAUGUAAAACAGUGUCUUGUAAUGUACAAGUGCAUUUGUUAUUUUCUGCUGUCUAUGCAUUUAUCAUUUUCUAUUUACAAUUCAUACAAAGAACAUACGUGCACCAAGA